GCUAUUAGAGCAGCAGUAAUUGUUCUGAUUGAAACACUGCUUUUCUACCUUACAGGGGAGCAAGGGAACUUUGGAAAAGUGAAUUCCAAAAAUCUGGGCCUUCCCUAUGACUACUCUUCAGUGAUGCACUAUGGCGCGUAUGAUUUCUCCAGCGCUCCAGGGAAAGCAACUAUUGUGCCAGUUCCUGACUCCUCUAUACCCAUUGGACAGAGAGAAGGGCUGAGUAACUUGGAUGUCGCUAAAAUCAACAAGCUCUACAAGUGCAAUUGCUGUAGCUCUGUGCUGCGUAAAUCCAAAGGCUCAUUCUCCUCUGUCAAUUAUCCGUUCCCAUACCCAAACAACAGCAACUGCCUAUGGUUGAUCCGCAUCCGCCGAAGUAAGAUUUUCCUGCAGUUUGAGGCUUUUGAUCUCCAACGCACCUCAGACUGUUCUUCUGACUAUGUAAAAAUUUACAACGGAAACAGCAAGACUUCCCCUGUCUUGCUGGACAAAUACUGCGGGAGGGGGCCACUGCCCUCCUUAGUGGUGUCUGGAUCGACAGUGCUGGUAGAGUUUGCGAGUGAUGAGAGCAUUACAGCCACAGGAUUCAGAGCCUCCUACAGCCGGGUGAAUUGCGGAGAUACUUUCAGAGGCUCAAAUGGAGUCAUCACCUCUCCAAACUACCCCAAUAAAUACCCGAAAAACCAAGCAUGCUUCUGGGUUAUCAGCUCUCCAGUAGGAUACAAGGUAUCUCUCAAAAUGUUAUCCUUUGAGCUGGAAGACAGUGACAGAUGCAUCUAUGACUACUUGCUCAUACACGAUGGAAGCCGACCUACAUCACCUGCAGUUGGCCCUUACUGUGGGACAGAGAAGGUUGCAGACUUUACUUCCACUGGGAACUUUGUGCUGGUUGAGUUUCACAGUGAUAUAGUUUGGGAGUUGCCUGGAUUCGUGAUGAGUUAUACAUUCACCAAGCUCGCUUACGCAGUUCAUAUAGACAACCUUAGCACAGCCUGGAAAUCACCGCUUUACACUAAAGAUGCAAAGUGGGUUGUUUAUACAGCAUCUCAGCUCAAAGAAUUGCACUACUCCUGCGAGAUGAACCAGGAGCUGGACGAACUGCGGGGGCCGGGCCCCAUCUGGUGGACACGGUCCGGGGAAUGCAAAGAUGCCUCCUUCUUCUCCAGCCACGGCGGAGCGAGACCACCUUCUGCCCUGGCCCCGACUCACUUCCAUCCCGCGCGUUCGGCGGCGGCGUUUCUGAAGAGCACGGCGCGCAUCGGCGCGGGAUGUGCGGAUCUGUUGGAAACAAUCGCUCAAGUACGCAACGGGAAACCGGUGAAACCCCCAGCUUGCCGGUUCUCCCUCUCGCACCGCAAACCGCAAUGCCCUCCGUUAUCGUG